AUGGCAGAGUAUGGGCUUGGAUGUGAGAUUUCAACUUAUGGUGAUGUCUACAGUUAUGGGAUCUUGUUAUUGGAGAUGAUAACAGGGAAGAGACCCACAGAGAACAUGUUUGAGGAAGGGCAUAAUCUUCAUAACUUCGCAAGAAUGGCCUUGCCUGACCGAGUGAUGGAGAUUGCAGACCCGGUACUCCUAGACAAUGAGGAAGAAGAGGCUAGAGCAACAACAAUUCAAGUGAACAAUGGCAGCAAAAUUGUGGAAUGUUUGAUUUCCAUGGUCAAUAUUGGAGUGGCAUGCUCUACAGAGUCACCACAAGGUCGAAUGAGCAUAAGUAAUAUCCUCCAUGAACUUCAUUUGGUCAAGAACAAACUCCUAAAAGACGAACUUCAAACUAGGACGCUGCGUAGAUUAUAGGACGCUGCAUAGAUUAUUGGACAUGGCAUGUUUUCUAGUGUGAGAUUUCAAAUGAACUUAUUCUUUUCCAAUCAAAAAAUAUCAAUUGAAAACAAUCCAAUUUCAUUAAUAUGGAAAUGUCUAUUCUCACAGGUUUUUGUAUAGAAUAUAAUACUGGGACAACUAUUAAAAUCUAAUGCACUUUGAUGGACCUUUAAAAAAUAAAAUCAACAGUUAUCAUGUCAAUCUGUAUUAAUACCCACAUUAUGCAAUUCAAUCACAUAAUGUGGGUAAUCUAAAAGACUAUUGACGGUGAUUUGAACAAUCAAUAAUGCUUUUAUGUGUUUGAAUUUCAUGAAUUAUGAGUCUGGAACCAAUCUUGAUUGAGUUCAAAUUCAUAUCGUACACUGACAUGUACAAUUUUUGCUCUUUGGUAACUAAAUUACAGGACAAUAUGAAGCUUGAUGCUUGUCAAAACAGUGAGAAACAGUGAACAGUAAGUCAAAGCGGAAGAGGAUUAUGAUUAUCACAAAUUGUAUAAAUAAUACUAUAUGAUUACUAGAUUAUUUUGGAUUCAGUCAGUAUGAGAGAAUGAUAAUGUAAUGUACGUGUGAUGUGAGUUUGUUUUCCUUUUUAAUUUCAGACCUUCAAUUUUAUAUAGAAGCUAUUCAAUUUUGGAUCAAUUUUGUCACCUAUA